AUGAGUUUAUUUGUUGAUGGGCAAAUCGACGAAGUUGCUCUUAUGAAUCAAUUAUUAUCAAACCUUCAUUUUAUGAUGAUGGCAUUUUAUCAACCAGAAGGUGAUCGAUAUAAAAUUUUAUAUGAAGAACAUGCAAUUAAUUCACAAAUUAAAUUACACGGUUAUGACCCUAAAGAUGCAAUAAUUGUGACCAAGGCACGAAAAAAUGAAAGUUGUCUACGAACCGAGGAUAUUGUUGAUAUACUUCGACAUGAAGGUCAUUCAAUUGCUCUUGUCAUGAUUGGAGGAGCACAUUAUUAUACAGAUCAACUAUUUGAUAUUGAAACUAUUACACGUAUUGCUCAUGAACAAGGUUGUUGUCUUGAAUGGGAUUUAGCACAUGCUAUUGGUAAUGUACCAUUGAAAUUACAUGAUUGGCAAGUCGAUUUUGCUGUAUGGUGUACAUAUAUGUAUGUAAAUGGUGGAGUAUUUGUACAUUCAAAUCAUUUUAAUGAUUAUCAUUUGUCAAGACUUGAUGGUUAG